AUGAGCAGUGUCUGUAGAUCCAACAUGAGACUACUUCUCCUACACUUUUUUGCGACAGCAGCCACUGCUUCUGCCUUUGUCCUGACUCCUCAAUAUACAUGGACGAAACUGAUCUUGACACACCACUGGCCCACAACCUUCUGUGGGAUGGAGAAGUGCCAUUCUAAAAUAGACACUUGGACUUUACAUGGGCUUUGGCCUGACAAUGGUAUGGACUGCAAUUCAACUUGGCCAUUCAAUGUGUCUUUGAUAGAGGAUUUGCUUCCGGACAUGGAGAAAAGUUGGCCAGAUUUAAUCAGCCCUGAAUCUACAUCUUUUUGGAAGUAUGAGUGGUACAAACAUGGAACAUGUGCUGCCAAAGCUGAAUCUCUGAAUAGUCAACACAAAUACUUUGGCAAAGCACUGGAGCUAUACCAUAAAGUGGACCUGGACAGUGUUUUAAAGAAGUUUGACAUUAUCCCUUCGACCAAGUACUACCUGUUUAGCCACAUUCAGGAGAUCAUUGAUGGCUUCUAUGGCGUCAAUCUGAAGUUCCAGUGUGUCCACCCAUCAAAGAAUGCUGGCUACCAGAUUUUGGGUCAGAUUGAGAUCUGCUUCACAGCUGACUUUUCUGUGAUGCACUGUGAGAGAGAGUCCAGAGCUGUGAACUCCUCGCUGAGGGCAGAAGCAAAGCCGGGGUUCAGCGUUUGUGACCCUGAGGUCCCAGUCUACUACCCCCCCAUGACCAUGCUCUAA